AUGCCUCGCCUCCUCCCUGACGCCACACAUUACAUCCCCGUUCACCCUGCUACAGAAGGUUGGGAUAGCCAACGACUGGUUGUAGAGCGCCAUUACUUUCCAGCACCUGAGAAAUGCGAUCGCAACAUUGCACUGCUAUGGUCCCAUUCCAAUGGCUUCAACAAGGAAUCGUUGCACCCUCUCAUGCGCCACUUUAUUGAAUACAUAAGACAACACCGUCCUCAAUACAAUAGCACCAACUUUACAUUUGUUGUUUGGGAAGCUCGUAACCAUGGUGACUCGGCACGCUUGAAUCAAGGCACUUUCCGUGACACAUAUGUAUGGUUCGACAAUGUCAUGGAUACAAAGCAAGUGAUCGAUGUGAUGGAACUCAAGAAGGAUCAUGACAAGUUAUUCGGUGUUGGCCAUAGCUUUGGUGCUACAUCCAUGUUGCUAUGUGAAUUCUUUUACCCAAAGACGUUUGAUGGAUUGUGCUUGAUCGAACCUGUCAUUGGCGACAAUAUCGAUGAUGUCGUUGUACGAGAACAAUACCCAACCAUGGCAUCAGCUAAACGUCGAGAUACCUGGGAUAGCUUUGAGGAUGCAUUGAAGCUGAUGCAGCAACGGCGUUUUUGGAACCGUUUCGAUCCUGAAGUGCUAGAUCUUUAUGUCCGUUACGGCAUGUACAAGAGGGAGGAUGGAAAAGUAACGUUGAAAUGUCCCAAGGAACAAGAAACACACAAUUUCCGCAUGCAAACGUAUGCCCGAACAACUGGAUUCCGGUCUUUACCCACCUUGAAGAUUCCUACUGAUUUCAUCUAUGCCAAAGAAUCCGUUUUCUUGUUGCCAGGACACGAAGGUGACAUUACUUCCAAGACCAAAUACGCAAAGGUCACCUGGGCUGAAGGAACACACAUGGCACCCAACGAGCGACCCAAGGAGUUUGCUCCAAUCAUCACAGCAGCGUUUGAUCGUGCCAUGGCUGAAGCAAUUCCUUCUUCUAGACUAUAG